AUGCGAUUCAAGACAGAGCUCAAAAAUAUUCGCACCUUCUCCAAGUUUACCGCCGCACUUGCUUCACUUGAGAAGAUUGCAUGGGUGCGACUCGACGAUGACACAGCGCGCUUCACCGUGAUCCCGGACACCGGAUCUCAAGUUUGGUCGUCCCUGCCCAUGGACUUCAUCUUUGACAAUUACCACAUCCAGUCCGCCGAGGAGCACAAUACCAUCAACUUGGAGCUCCCACUCUCGCUACUUCAGCGCGCACUUCGCUCUGCUCUCAGCAGCAGCUCCGCCUCUCUCCGUCUGACUAAGAAGGAUGGGAUCCCAAUCCUGUCGAUGACCAUCACAACCACCACCAGUGCGUCAGGUGCCGGACGCAAUACCACCUACACGGGAUUGGAAAAUGACCCGUUUGAUGAUGAUGAGGGAUUUAUGGCUGAGCAUCUCGAAACCUCACUCCGCCGUGAGCGAGAGAAGAUCAUCACUCAGGACAUCCCCGUGCGGGUUUUGCACCCAGAAACUGUCGAGACCAUAAUGCAGCCUACUGUGCGCGAGACAGAUGUUCACAUUACGAUGCCUCCUUUACUCCAGCUCAAAGCCAUCUCUGACCGGUUCACCAAACUCGCAAUGUCGUCCAGUAACUCACGUGUGGGCCCCAAGCUCGAGAUAAGUGCCAACAUGUUUGGUAAUCUGAAGCUCCGGAUGGUGACUGAGAGCGUAAACGUCUCAACGACAUGGAGUGGGCUGGUGAACCCGGAACUAGAUCCCGCGCAAUUUGAGAUGCCUAUCGAAGAGCACCCGAGUGUCAGGUUCAAGGAGGCAGGUCCCGAUAAAUGGGCGACAGUAAGAGUAGACGGGAAGGACUGGAGCAGGGUACUGAGCGUUGGGAGACUUGAAGGGAGGGUCGUCGCUGCUUUUGCAGAUGAGCAUGCGCUUAUUCUUUAUGUCUACGUACCGCAGUAUGACGAUGCCGGAGCGGAUGAGGCGGUUCUCACGUACUAUGUAGGGUCUUUUAGCCUGUAA